AUGCCUACAAUCGCAACAUUUGUGUUCUUCGACAUAGAAACUACUGGUUUACCAUGGCAGGAGAAGAAUCAGACGAAAAUUACAGAUUUUAGUUUCGUCGCCGCAUCAAGGAAAAUCUUGGAAGCGACUUCGUACGGCCAGACACCUCUAGUUAGUAAGUUCACUGUCGUAUUAAAUCCCGAGAGAGCAAUACAUCCUAAAGUGAGGACACUUACCGGUCUAUCGAACGAAUUAUUACAACAUGCGCCAGUAUUCAAGCGAAUAGUAAAGAGUCUUAUUAUGUUUCUAGAGGAUUUGACAAGACCAGUGUGUUUGGUUGCUCAUAAUGGUAAUGUUUUUGAUUUUAAAAUUCUAUUGGCUGAAUGCCACGAUGCUGGUGUCUCCUUGCCAGAAGAUCUAUUAUGUGUCGAUUCUUUGGUAGGAUUUCGCGCGCUCUUAAAAAAUUCAAGCUUAACUUAUAAAGAUUUUGAAGAUAUUCAAGAAAUUAGUUUGGAAAGUGGAAAAAGAAGCGAGGAAACAAUAAGUGAUCAAGAUAUACUGACUGAUGAUGAAGAUGAGUGGUCAGAUCUGAAUUUAACAAACGAGGAAUUGGAUGAAAUUGAUGAUAUCUGUUCCUCCGUUUCUGAGUUUGAAGAACCUGCUUGUAAACCUGUAAAUACACAGCGUAGUAAGGCAAUAGGGAAUGUAUUUGAUAAAAAAACUGCUACCAAUGAUUUUAAACUGACUAGUUUAUAUAAAAGACUGCUAAAUAAAGAAGAAAUUAAUGCACACAGAGCUGAAGUUGAUUGCUUGAUUUUAGCUGAAUGUGUUGUUGCAAUGAAACACGAUUUCCUGCCAUGGGCAGAUGAUAAUUGUACAAUGUUGACAAAAAUAAAGCCUUUAGUAAGGUACUAGUGAGAUGCAAUCGCCUUUAGCAUUGUUGCAUGUAAUUUACAACGUAUACCAAUGCUAUCUCAUGAGGUUGGAAGUUGUUGGAAGAAAUUUCCAAGAGUUAUUGCAGUUUUUAUGUUAUUACAAAGUCUAAUCUCUGUUCAAUUGUAAUUGAUAAGUUAAUAGCUGUCAAAAGUAAAAUUUAACAUUUAUUAAUUUGUAAAGUCUUUAGGCAUCCAUAUGACAUUUUCACUCUAUAGCCGGUGAUAUGUAAAUAUGGAAAAAUCAAAAACAAACAAUAAACAGAACAUUACCCCUCACCUACAGCAAAUGUAUGACCAGGGAAUGUUUAAAUGACAGGUUUGAUAAUACUGAACAAAUUUCACCUAUGGAAUCAUUGACUUACAAAUAGAUGGACGACGGGUCUAAUACAAAAACCACGAAAAAAAUGUCCCAAGUCAACCUAUUCGAAAUUUAAAUUGUUAUGUCAUCGCAGUAUCGCGACGUCCGUAGAACAAAUGAAGACUAAAGCGGAGUGUCGCGCUCUGUAUACGAUUUUAGCGCCUUACAAGUGCGGACACUUUUUAGCGCGGACCCGACGUCCAUAUAAUUGUAAGUCAAUGUAUGGAAUGAACAUUCGUAGUUACCAUAUAAAGUGUAAUAUAAAAAUGCAAAACGACGACUGAUAUACAAAGGGAGCUAAGCAACAAUUAUGUUGAUAAUUUAGUUGUAAUGUUAUUGUACCUGGGUACUAUUGUGGAUAACAUUAGAAAGUCCAUCACUAGUAGGAUUACCAUCUGUCUGGAUUUGUCCGGCUUGUUGACCUCUUAGGAUUUUGUCCUCAUUUUUUUACUUAGGGUAACAAUUUCUAGAAUAUGAAGUAAAAUAUCUACCUCGCAACUCUGUAGAAUUCUGUAAACAUGUUUAACUGCCUCCGUGGCUGAAUGUUUACCAUGCUGGACUGCCAUGCAGAGGUCUCAGGUACGAUUCCUGGGCCAGGAAAAUUGUUUGUAUGGCCUACAUUUAUUUCUCUCCUGAAUUUGUGGUUGUUUAAAUGUGUCCAUGGCACCCGCGACUCAGGGUUUCCCUACCGCGGGGCUACGUUGAGUGUGUGCGUAAAAAAAAAUGUACUGAGCUGGAUAAUAACAGGAGAUUAUCAUUGGCAAUUAAACAAAAGACUCUAGUCACGCCUACUUGACGGUUUCGUAGCAAUAGUCAUGCAGAAUAAUUUUGUAGUAACUAACUACAUUUGAAUAAAAUUCAAGUAAAUUUACUACAACAUUUGUUGCUCAGGUGCUUGCCCAUACCUGCUGCCGCGUAAGGCAGUCACCACACUUAUCAACACGAAAUCGUAUUAACCUGGCAAGAAAAAUCUUUAAAUCUAUGUAACAAGAGCGAAAAUACGAUACGAGGCGAUACGAAUAGAACCGAAAUGCGCAGUCUUUUUCGCUCUUAGUGGAUAGACAUAUACAUAUGAUUCCGUGUGAAUAAAUAUGGUGAGUCCCUAGGAGAGAGGUUUCCAAUUGCAUUUUAUUAAAAAGUCCGGAUUUUCUUGCGAAUGUCAGUGUGUCGGGCUUUUUGUCUGGACUAUUCAAAUUUCCGAAUGAUAACCCUAAUGACUAGCAAUUUUUUUUUAAUAAUAAACAAUUUCCGACAAAAUGGAUGUUCUAAAUCACAAAUUAGAAUACCAAGGUACAAUUAAUUUUUAACCUAAUUAGUAACUAUUCAACCCUUUUAUUUUAUAAUUGUCGAUAAUAUACAUAUAUAUUUUUGAAUAAGCGAGG